AUGGACUCUUCUCACAAACUGUGGUGGAAGCGAGUACACCUUCGGUACUUCGCCGCCAACGUCGGUCUUCCCCUGUUCGUAUUAUACCAUGCGCCCGCUAUAGCCUUCCAGGGGAAAACUCGCGUGUGGACGUUGAUAUAUGCCUUUGUGACCGGGCUCAGUAUCACUGCCGGCUAUCACCGUCUCUGGAGUCACCAGUCGUACAAAGCAUGCCUCGCGCUACGCAUUUUCUUUGCAGUCGUCGGUGCUGGAGCCCUUCAGCUCCCCAUCCGGAUGUGGGCAGCCGACCACCGCGCUCACCACCGGUUCACCGAUACGGAUCGCGAUCCCUACAACAGCCGACGCGGCCUUUUCUAUUCGCACAUAGGCUGGAUCCUGACCUAUGACUCGAGUCGAUUCGGCAAGGGCAGCGAAGGAGUUGAUCUGUCGGAUCUGGACCGCGACGCGGUCGUCGUCUGGCAGCGGCGGGCCUACUAUCCCCUGGCGGGCUUGAUGGCGUUCGUCUUUCCGGCGUGUGUGGCCGGGUGGUUGUGGGAUGACUGGGCAGGCGGGUUCCUGUAUGCGGGGUGUCUGCGCGUAGUGAUCGUCUGGCAUGUUUCUUACUGCAUCAACUCGUUGGCGCAUUGGGCGGGGCACCAGCCGUACUCGGCGCGAAAUACCUCGCGGAACCAUGCAUUGCUGGCUGUGUUGACAUUGGGGGAAGGCUAUCAUAAUUAUCAUCAUGCUUUUCCCCGGGAUUAUCGGAACGGGCCGCAGUGGUGCGAUUUUGAUCCGACGAAGUGGUGGAUCUAUUGGUGGGAGGUGGUCGGAUUGGUUUGGGAUGUGAAGAGGUUUCAGGUUGGAACUGGCGAAGCUAAGGUGGGUAUUGGCCUAUAA